GCUCAAGCCAACUUUUUCGGAGCGGUGUGGCAGCGACCAAUUCCGCGGGGACCCUCUUAGAAGCCCCCGAGCCGCUCUCUCUCGUUGGCGCGCGUGCCUGCAGCCAUCCACCCGAUGAACCUCCAGAAGCGAAUCUUCCACUUCAGAUCCUCCAAGAAGAACGCUCCCUACGUCGGUGCCGCAAUCGGCUUGCUGUCGGUCCUCAUCCUGCUGUGCCACUGCCUCCGGAAGCGGUCCCGCUCGUCGAAGAAGGCGGGGGCGAGGAGCUCCAUCGGUGCGCGGCUGGCGGAGGCAGUCUGCGGGGCGCGGGCCAGCGGCGAAGCGGCUGCAGAGGAUGCCGAGGCGGACGCUCCAGAAGGGCCUUCGACGUCGCUCCAGAGGUCGGGCGCGCGCGUCUUCGAGCAGGCGGACCUGAGCGUCCUCGCCAGCUGCGACAACGAGAGGCCUCCCUGCAUCACCAACCCGCGGAUCUGGUGGCGCCACCCCGCGCUCCGGCUCGCGGCGGUGUGGUCCAUCCUCUUCCUGGACUUCUACAUCCAGAGGGAGACCCGGUGCAGGACUCGUACGUGAAGUACCCGUCGUUUGGCGUCUUCGAGGAUCUGUUCAUCAUCAAGUGGCCCGCCAGCCCAGCUCUCCAGGCGUGCAGGAUUGUGCUUUCCGUUGCCGUCUCGCUAUUCAGCUUGUGGUUUGGGCGGCAGGUGAUCCACCAUAAGUUUCUGCGGGACUUCCUUGGGCUCCAGAUGUUUUCUGAGAACAAUGGGACGCUCCUUGUGAUGUUCUUGACGUGGGUGGCUUUUUUCGAGUACUGUCUGCCGUACCCGAUCAACCUGAUCGAGACUGGCACGAUUGAAGCCCCUAUAACCGAAGAUUCCAGCCUGACGUAUGCCACGUGGGGGAAGAUUUGGCAGAGCACCGCGGCGAUCGCGGACAUGGUCUCCAUAAUCACGAUCACGGACGUUGUGCUGCAAGACCGUGUCGUGUGGCCGCAUUUUGGGGUUGGGCUGAAGCGGCUGUGGAAUGAUGCUUGCGGCGGGUGGGUUCGCGUUCUUGUGGCCUGGUUCGGGUUUCUGGUGGCACUGCCUCUGAUCAUCUACGGUCUUCAUGCUUCGGAGCACACCAACGGCAUAUACUCUGCCAGUAAGGCCGACUCCGCCACAUCGGCGACCACGCAGGCAGCGCGAGUUGGUAUCGCAGCUCUGCUUACCAUAGUUGACAUCACAACCUGUCUGCAGGAUUGGGAAUUCCCUUCGUUCAAUACCCCGAUCGAUUUCAAGGUCACUGGCACUUUCUUGUCGGAGCUGGAUUGCCCAUUUGUUGCUAAUCUCUUGAGGCCGCUCUCGUCGAUCACUUGUAUUGCGGAGGACUUCUGGGACGUCUUCCAUUUCAGAAUGAGCGGGAAGUGGAUCGCCCUCCUACCUGCCUUUGGUGCCUUGGGCUGUGAUUGGUGGUACACGUGCGUCACGAUCUUCGGGUACGAGCCCGCGAAUUUGGGACAGUACGAGCGACCUGACGAUUGUGCAAUCUUCGUCAUCAGGGACCAGGCGAUCCUUGACGCCGCAUAUGACGGGGGAGAGUUGAUCGCCGAACAGGCGGACCUCGUCUCUUGGAACGCGCGCCAGGGAGCCCUCUCCGAUGUGCUCAUACAUUCCCGGUACUGCAACGAGGAUCCUUUGCUGAGCUACCUGUUUGUUGUUGCCACCAUCGCUGCAGGUACUGCCUUCGCUGUCCUCAUCCUUCGGGCGGAGCUUUACUGGGACAGGUAUGCAGAGCGGCACGUCGGCGACGAAGGGCUGAUGACCAGGAUCGAGCUGAGGCUGCAGCAGGCUCAGGAAAUUGCAGCCGGGUCAGAGUCCCAGGAAGGUCCACUUCUGGAUUCGGCCGGGUCCCAGUCCCAGUCGAGCCGCAGCAAGAUCUUCUAGGCUCAAGUCGCCCGCUGGCGAGGCAGUGCGUGCUGCUUGUUUCAAGAGCGGACCUGAGACUUGUCUCCCCUUCCUGACACGCCCUCCCCUGCUUGACCGCACGUGCUCCGCCCGCAGGCGUGACAGCGCGAGCGAAUCUUGUUUCAGGACAUUGCGCUGGAGAGCCUACGCAAAGCCGUGACGCUCGCUUGGCCCCAGUCCAUAUCCAGCGUCCCUGGAUGCAAAGAGUGUCAUUAUCCUUCGCUUUUGCAUCUCGGUCUCUUUCUCAGCGUGCCGCCGCAAAAGGUCCAUCAAUAUAAGCCAUCUCUCGCAGGACAGCCUGUCUACGUGGCUUGACGUCUCUGUCUCACUUGUGAGCACGGCGUUUGAGGUAGUUCACUGGCUUCACGCUUGCGUCGCCGAGCUUGUCAUCGUGCCGCUGUGUCGGCGCUCCCGCUUGCCAUCCAUACACACAUAC